AUGGAGAUCCACUCCGGUGUGCCAUGCACCAAGAGGGCGAAGCUCGCGCCACCGGCGACGCCGUCCUCUGGUGGAAGCGGCGAGGGUGCGCCUACCGAAUCCGAGGAUCAGGAAGAGCAGUCUGGUCCGGACCGCAUCAGCGACCUCCCAGACGCCAUCCUCGGUGAGGUCAUCUCCCGUCUCUCCACUAGGGAGGGCAUCUGCACUCGGAUUGUCGCACGUCGUUGGCGCCCUGUUUGGUCGACCGCUCCUCUGAAUCUGGACUGCCGUGAGAUCCCUGUCGCUCAUCUUUUUAACGCCCUAGAAACAGUUCAUAUCGAGAUCAUUAGUAGGGUCUCUGCCUACAGCGAGGAGCUUGCUUGCAUACGAUACAUCGGAACUUGGCAUCAGGGAAAAACACUUCCUGGUGAUGGUUCGUGCCUUCCAGAGUCCAUCCUCUCCAGCCAUGUGGGCGCAGUUCUCCGCCUUUGUAUACCGGCGUGCUACCUCCAAUGCAGACCCUCUACUGUCCACGACCGGCUUGAGUCCCCCAGAUUGAACAAUCUCCAGAUACCAGACCAUUAUGUAGAGGUACUUGAACUACCACUGGUCAAGAGACUUUCGCUUGUUGAGGUUGAUAUAUCAAACUUCUGGUUGCAAAGCAUGAUCAACUCUAGUUGCCCUGCACUCGAGUGCGUGCUGCUUGUUUGCAAUAGAGAAAGGCAUCGGAUCACAAUAAAUUCUCGUAACCUUGUAAGCAUCGGCAUCCGUGGUGAGAAAGGAGAAUUCAUCAUCGAGGAUGCCCCCUCACUUCAAAGGUUGACCCACAAUCUCCAGAGCAAUAACAUGGAGGUAUUCAUCGUCUCUGCACCCAAACUAGAGAAAUUGGGCAAAUUCAGUAUCUCGCUUGAUUCCACAGGGUUUGGCGACGACCAGCCUAUCUACAAUGCGGGAGGAAACGUUCCUGAUGGUGCAAGAACUAUUUGGCGUUGCAAGCACCGUGCAUUUCUCAAAGAACACAUCAUUCAUUUAAAGACAGUAACGCUGGAAGAUUAUGAAAAAAGCGGGAAGAACACCGAGUUUGUGAGGUUCUUUAUUCUGAAUGCAACGGAGCUAGAGACCAUGAGGAUUAAGUUUCACUUUCCCUCAGACUUCACGCAAGAAUUUUACAAACAGCAACAGAAGUUGUUCCUGUGGGAGAAUGAAGUUUCCAAACGCGCCCAUCUCAAGUUAUCAGCAUGCUGCAAUCAUCUGUGCUUGGAUUUGAAACACAGGCGUGUUGAAUGCUUGGAUUUGUCAGAUCCGUUCACCUGUGCCUGCUGGACACAGGGUUGUAGUCAGUUCCUCAAGCUAGUACAGUUAGAUGUUGUUGCGCCAAUCUGA